UCCACCCCCCCCGUCGGCCUGAGCCGCCCGCUUUUAGGCAGAAUUGAAGUGGUGUCCUUCGAGCCAUUUUGAAAAACCAUGUCAGGUACAGUGGGACAGAAGAAGGGCCCCAGGAGGCAGCGCAAGUGUGGCUUCUGCCGGUCCAGUAAAGAAGAUGAAUGUGGGCAGCUGUUGCUCUCUGAAAACCAGAAGGUGGCAGCCCAUCAUAAAUGUAUGCUUUUCUCAUCUGCGCUGGUGUCUUCACACACUGAUAAUGAGAGUCUUGGAGGUUUUUCCAUUGAAGAUGUACAGAAAGAAAUAAAAAGAGGCACAAAACUGAAGUGCUCCCUGUGCCAUUGUCCAGGGGCAACAAUUGGUUGUGAUGUAAAAACCUGCCACAAGACAUAUCACUAUUAUUGUGCGUUGCAUGAUCAAGCACAAAUCCGAGAGAAACCUUCACAGGGCAUAUAUAUGAUAUUAUGUCGAAAACACAAGAAAGUACCACACAAUUCUGAAGAUUUAGAAGAAGGUCUAAAUGAACAUGAGUUGGAUCCAUCUCCUCCAAAAAAGAGGGGACGCAAAGGAAGGCCCAGAAAGACAAGUCUUAAAGGGCAGUCAGAAGAUGCUCGAUCAACAUCUUCACAUGGCACAGAUGAUGUAGAAAGCAGUUCUUAUAGAGACAGAUCACCCCACAGAAGCAGCCCCAAUGAUACAAAACCUAAAUGUGGAUUCUGUCAUGCAGGUGAAGAAGAAAAUGAAGCUAGAGGGAAGCUUCAUAUAUUCAAUGCCAAAAAGGCAGCAGCACAUUACAAGUGCAUGCUGUUCUCCUCUGGUACUGUGCAACUGACAACAACAUCAAGGGCAGAGUUUGGUGAUUUUGAUAUUAAAACUGUACUUCAAGAAAUCAAACGAGGAAAGAGAAUGAAGUGUACCCUCUGUAGUCAGUCUGGUGCUACAAUUGGAUGUGAAAUUAAAGCUUGUAUCAAGACUUACCAUUACCAUUGCGGGGUACAAGACAAAGCAAAAUACAUUGAAAACAUGUCACGAGGCAUUUACAAGCUUUAUUGUAAAAACCAUAGUGGAAAUGACGAACGAGAUGAAGAAGAUGAGGAGCGAGAAAGUAAAAGCCGUGCAAAGUCGGUAGCUGAUCACAGUGCAAUUCCUCAGCAGCAGCUCAAUGGAAAUUAGGUAUGAAGCUGUCACCUGCCAGUCCUCCUCCUGAGAUACCACUGUACAAUUGAUGUAGGUGUUGUUAGUGGUAAGACAUUUUAAGCUGAGCAUAUGCCAAUAAGUGGUUUUUGUUUUCAUUUAUUUUUUUUAAAAAAACUGGAGCCCCAUGGCACAAAAACAGGGGAGAUUUCUCAAAUUCAUCUAACUCUAAAGAAGACUCCACACAUCAAUCAAUAAAUAUUGCUAUUAUGUUCAAUUGGUAACAUGCUUUUAUUCUUGACUAUUUUAAAAUCUACCUUUCCCUCAUCAUCUUUUAAGUAGGUUUCAAGUGGCUGAGUUAAACUGGGAAUGAAUAAGACAUCCAUAACUACUAACCUUUUUUAAUGCUUAGUAACUUUUUUUCUACUGCCUGACUGUUAGAAAUGUCCUUGAACUGCCAGAAAUGUUCACGUGUAUGAGCCUUCAGCAGAGGUUGUUUUACAUGUCAAUAUUAUGUAGCUAGUCUGCAGUGCCUGGAGAAACACAGAGAGAGAGAGAAACAUGAUAUAAAUGAGAUGUAACUUGUACAAUGUCAAAGCUGUGGCAGAUGUUGUAAAAGUAAAUUCUGUUCCUGGACCGAAUGAAAUUUCUCAGAUUUGGGAUAUGUUCAGUGGCUUUGUGAAUGCAGUGCUGUCAGAAGUUUUACUUACAAAUUGGACAUGCCUGUUUUAAUAGCCCGGCUGUAGAACGUGUGCAUUUUGCAUUUUCCUUCACACGCAAAUUAUGGAAGCAAACCAGAAGGCAAUGAACUGAUCCCUCUUGCAAAAGUGCCCAGUGUAGAAAAAAUGGUGCCCAGCUCCAGACACCUGCGUUGAGUCUUUUGAGUUGCUCUGGUUGGGAGGAUUCUACUGCCUGGAGACUCUCUGGCUGCUGCUGACUGUAAGCUGUGAGAUUCGAUCAUCAUGCCAAAAGGCUGUGGUUCAUUCUUUCUUUCCCGUCCUUCUCGGCCCUCGCACUCCUCUCCUUUUAUUGAAACCCUGUGGCUGGAACAACUGAAAACAAGGAGUUGUCUUCUGGGAGUGUUCAUUGCCAGGCCACUUCUCUUAGGUUUCCAAAUUACUGCUUAAUGCUCACUUUGGAAUUUAACCACCUUUAUUGGACAUCAUACCUCAAGUGCUCUGUGCUGUGUAGAACACAAGUUUUGUCCAAAAAUAUAUAUAUACAGAUCCUGUACGCUGUAAGAAGAAUGAGAAUAAGACACCGAGUCUUGUCUUUUUGUUUUUGUUUUUGAAGUAAGAGGUCAGUAUUUAUUUUGUGUCUCGUGACCACUAUAUGAGAAUGUUUUGGUAUUCGAUCAGAGUUUCCUGGCAGAUCAGAGAGUGCUGUUAACCUGCAAGGAUGGCUGAAAUUAUGUUAAGUCUUAACAUCCCAGUUUUGACGUCAUAGAAUCCUGGUAUUUCUAGUAAUUGCUUCAAGUGGAUUGGUUGAACCUAUUCUAAAAACAAAGUUAUACUUGUUAGCAAACUGCCAAGUUCACACUUCAGAUAUUUUUCUUAUCUCUCAAAUGUCAGACUAAGGCAGCAGAUUGGAAUAUGCUGACAGUUGGAUGGAAAGCUGAGAAGAUUCACUAGCAGUUGACACUGCAAAAAAACUUUUUGUGAUAUCUUUGUUUAUGAAGUCUUGUUUAUUUUUUUUAUUUUUAACCUUUUGUCUGCUUUUUUUAAAAUGCAUUUCAUUGUCUUGAGGGACUCAACUAUUGUGUAUAAGAACUUCUAAGACUCUCAAGUUGGAAUUCAAUCCAUUUGGGUUUGAAAACUUCCUGGAAGAAUGCAGUUUAGUAGAAGAGUUGUGUAUAAAAAUAAAUCUGUUAAUUGCUCUUAUGCCAUUGACCAUUUUUUUAUUUUGUAAUGUAACUUUCAAAAUUAAAGGCGCAACUUGUACUGAAAUAGAUUUUUUAGCAGGCUGUACAGUUUUUCAAAAGCAUGGGUUGUGUUCUGUUUUUUAAAUGUCCUAUAACUAUAUCAGAAUAUUUAACAGAAUAUGUUGGUCAAGGGGUUAAUUCUUAGGUACCAUUUUAAGGAUCUGUGGCAAAUUACAGCUGGUUGAGAAUAAAUAUGGUUAAUGUUAUGCUAUUCCAAACAUUUAAAAAAUAUUUUGAUGGUGCUAAAGUAGAUCUAAUAGGAAUAUUCAUUUGGAUGUGGUACUUUGAUCAACUUAGUCGGACACUUCUUCAGGCACUAGAAAAGGAAAACAACCUUUCAAAGUCAGAGCUGGUAUACAUUCUUUACAUGUCAUCUGAAGAACAUUUUAAUUGGCAACAAUUCCUACUGGCAGAUUGAACAGUUUACCCUUAAAACCCACAUCAAGUAUGGCAUGGUUGAGAUUACCUUUCCCCAUGGUUUGGGGGGUCUUAGCUAAGUAAUGUCAUAGUUUGACAUUUGCCCUGAAAAGCAGUCUUUUUAACUUGCUGCCUUUCAGCUGAGUACAGCAUUAUGGGAGUUUUGGUCUGUACAGG